AUGAAGCCCCCCGCGCUGGAGGCGGGGGCCGUGCUGCUGGAGAAGCGGUCGGUGCCGGCCGGCGGCCGUCCGGAGGGCGGGGGGUCGGGCCUUAGCCGCCCCGCCCUCCUGCGGGGCGACGUCCUGGAGGUGGCCCGCACCCACCUGACCCACUACGGCAUCUACCUGGGCGACGACCGGGUGGCCCACCUGAUGCCCGACAUCCUGCUGGCCCUCACGGAGGACCGGCGGCGGACGCAGAAGGUGGUGUCCAACCAGCGGCUCAUCCUGGGCGUCCUGGGCAAGGUGGCCAGCGUCCGGGUGGACACGGUGGACGACUUCGCCUACGGCGCCGCCGUGCUGGUCAACCACCUGGACCGGGCGCUGGGCAAGCGGGCGCUGGCCAACGACGAGGUGGCCAGGAGGGCGGAGACGCUGCUGGGCAUGACCUCCUACAGCCUGCUCUGGAACAACUGCGAGCACUUCGUCACCUACUGCAGAUACGGGGCGCCCCACAGCCCCCAGGCCGACAAGUUUUGCGAGAAUGUGAAGACAAUUAUUCGUGAUCAGAGAAGUGUUCUCGCUUCAGCAAUCCUGGGAUUGGCAUCAAUAGUCUAUCUGGGCUUGGCUCCCUAUACAACCCUUCCUGCAAUCUUUAUUCCAUUUUGCUUAUGGAUGGCUGGCUAACUGUGCAAUCCAGUGUCUCUGUGUAUCUUCUAAACAAAUGUUAUAUUUCUAGAGCACAAACCUGAAUAAGCAUUAUAUAUAUAAAAAAGUGACCUGUAGCAUUGUGUUCUGGAUAAAGAUGUGAUUAAAAAUCACACAGAGUGCUUACUGUGUAAGCCCAAGAGCCAGACUUUCUGAAUGUUUUCAGGCAGUUAAGGUUUUAAAGCACCUUCCAGAUCCUGGGAACAUGAAACACGGUCAAAUGCUGAGACGGCCAGUACUGCAAAACCAUUUCUUGAUAUUUCGGUCACUUGUGACAUUUUGUGAGAUUUUUGUCCAUGUUCUAUUUUGUGGGCAUGCGAGAAUUAGGAGAUUAAAAUGUUCAAAUCAGGGGGGUGGAAAUGUCGAUGUAGCUUUAAAAA